AUGGGGGGGAGGAAGAUGAAGGGCAGAAAGAUGAGGGCUUUCUUCCCUCCCUGCCACGUCUACGGAAGCUAUGACAACCAGGUCUGUCGCUACGGAGACAACCCCCGCCGGCAAGAAAAAAGGAGGAGAUUGUUGUCCAGCGCCGCUUCUUUAGAGAGUCACGCCUUUCUCCACACGGGGAAGCGCCCGUUCGCCUGCUCUGCCUGCGGCAAGGACUUCCCCGACCUCAAGGGCCUCAACCGCCAUGCCCGCGUCCACGGUGAUCAGCGGGGCCACCAGUGUCCGAAGUGCGACAAGACCUUUGUCUACCGCUUCGGCCUGACCAAGCACGAGCAGAUGGUCCACAGCGGCGUGCGCCCGUUCAUCUGCCCGAUCUGUGACAAACGCUUCGUCAUCCGGCGCGACAUGGAGACGCAUCUCCGCGUUCACACUGGAGAGAAACCGUUUGCCUGCUCCCUCUGUGUGAAGCGGUUCAAGAGGCGUGUGGAGCUGAAUGUUCACCUGAGGUGGCACAACGGGGAGAAGAGACACUGGUGCUCAUACUGCGGGAAGGGCUUUCUGGAUUACAAUCAUCUGAAGAGGCACAAACUGGUCCACACUGGGGAGAAACCCUACACCUGCUCUGAGUGUGGCAAGCACUUCAAACAGACUGGCCAUCUGAAGAAACACCUGAAGACAAUACACAAAGACAGAUAG